AUGGCUUCUCCUCAGGUUAUCCGUACCCCCAUCACUGAUCUGCUCAAGAUCAACCACCCAGUUCUGCUGGCUGGUAUGAACGUGGCCGCCGGCCCCAAGCUGGCGGCUGCUGUCACCAACGCUGGUGGCCUGGGUGUCAUCGGUGGUGUUGGCUACACUCCUGAGAUGCUCAAGGAGCAGAUCGCCGAACUCAAGAGCUACCUGAACGAUAAGAACGCGCCUUUCGGUGUCGACCUGCUCCUUCCCCAGGUCGGUGGCUCUGCCCGCAAGACCAACUACGACUACACCAAGGGCAAGCUUAACGAGCUCGUCGAAAUCAUCAUCAAGGAAGGUGCGAAGCUCUUCGUCUCCGCCGUUGGUGUUCCCCCCAAGGCUGUCGUCGAUCGCCUUCACGGCGCCGGUAUCCUCACCAUGAACAUGAUCGGUCACCCCAAGCACGUUAAGAAGUGCCUUGAGGUCGGCAUCGAUAUCAUUUGCGCUCAGGGUGGCGAGGGCGGUGGCCACACCGGUGAUGUUCCCACCACUGUUCUCAUUCCCGCCGUUGCCAAGCUGGUCGAGGGCCACAAGAGCCCUCUGACCGGCCAGCCCGUCCAGGUCAUUGCUGCUGGUGGUCUGUAUAACGGUAACUCCGUCGCUGCCGCUCUCAUGCUCGGCGCCUCGGCUGUCUGGAUUGGUACCCGCUUCAUUCUGUCUGAUGAGGCCGGUGCUCCCAAGGCUCACCAGGAGGCUGUCCGCACUGCUGGUUUCGAGGAUAAUAUCCGUACUAUCAUCUUCACUGGCCGUCCCCUCCGUGUCCGCAAGAACGCUUACAUCUUGAACUGGGAGGAGAACCGCGCUGAGGAGAUUAAGACACUCACUUCCAAGGGUGUCAUCCCCGUCGAGCACGACAUGGAGAACCUGCCCGAUGAUGCUGACGAUGAUACCCUUGACAACGCGCGUCCCUUCUUGAUGGGUAAGGUAUCUGCUGUCGUUAAUGAGAAGAAGUCCGCCAAGGCUAUCGUCGACGAGCUCGUACAAGACGCUGCUGCACUCCUCAAGAAGGGCAACCAGAUGGUCUCUAAGCUGUAA